GCGCGCAGGUCCAAAUGUGCGUGUGCGCGCUCGCGUGUAUGCGUGCGCAGAGUGUGUUCGCGCGGUGCUGACAGUCUUAUGCAAGCCGCCCUGCACAGAGCCACGAUGUCCGACGCUGCUGCUCCGGCAGACAACAACGGGGAGCCUGGGUUAAACGGAUCGUGGGUAGAGCUGGAGAUGAACAGAAACGCCGCAUCUCUCUCUUCCUCCAGCGCUUCGGUGCCGCCCCCUUUAGCCCAGGUAGUAGAGGAGGAGGAUGAUGGGAUGGUGGGGGGGCUAGAACAUGUUCCCUCGUCAUCUUCAAUCCACAACGGAGACAUGGAAAAAAUCCUGCUAGAUGCCCAGCACGAAUCCAGCCGCAGCAACUCCUCAUGCGACAGCCCUCCUCGACCUCACAGUCCUCAGGACGAAGGCCAGAUCAUUUUCGACGUGGACAUGAGGAGGGACAGUCAGGAGGAAGUCAUGGAGAAGAUCAGAGAUGAUGACAUCUUAAUGAAGGAUUCAGACCGCGUCGCAGACUGGUCAAGUAGACCAGAGAAUAUUCCACCUAAGGAGUUUCAUUUCCGGCACCCGCGGCGUUCAGUGACUCUCAGCAUGAGGAAGACGGGAGCCAUGAAGAAAGGAGGCAUCUUCUCUGCCGAGUUCCUCAAAGUGUUUAUCCCCUCGCUGCUUCUGUCCCACAUCCUGGUCCUGGGUCUCGGGGUCUAUAUCGGGAAAAGACUGACAACUCCCCCUGCUAGCUCCAUCUGAACACCGAUCCGAUCAAGUGCCUCAGGCAUGGCCCAGGUGGAUUAGGGAGAAGGUUGCAGUUUGUACGAAGAAGCCCCCCUGCUUCCCCUUUCUACCCCUUUUAGUCUUUUCAGCAACAUUUCUCCCUUUUUUAGUAAUUCCUUCAACUAGUCUUUCCAUUUUGAGGAAAAUAAGUGAUAAACUUCUCAUUUUUAGGCCCUUUCUCGUUUACCAUUUUUGUAUCCUUUUCGCCAGUUGUGAAUGUUCUAGCAGUACCACAUUUCAUUUUCGAAGCGUUUGGAGCGUUGCAUUAAACCAAAUUCGCACACGCAGGCUCCACACUGGCUCAAUUCAACUAGGAGGCAAAAAACAUCCCAUUUUGGUUCAAUCACACGACCCAAAAGGUGAUAAAGGAUCCCCCCCUAGUUCACCCUCCUUAAAAUGGAAUCAACCAAAAUAUGUGACUUAUCGAGGUUAUACGAGCAUGUCUGAGCGCUAGCUAAGAUUUUAUUUAUUAAUACAAACGCUACCAAUUUAGUUCUUUUAUUGACUUCAAGGGUGGAACGACUCGGAAGUCGUUUAGGAAAAGACAGGGCUCUCCGUAGACCCCAAACUCAUUUGGUGAGGAUGGAAAAUGAAUAGCACAGACGUAAUGUUUAUGACCGUAUCACGUGCAAUUUUAUACCAAGUUUGCAUAAUCUUUUACACAACCCUGACGGAGACAACGCCUGUUACAUUGAAUCAUCUGAUUUUUUUUUGUUUAUAUAUAUAUACACCUAUAUAUAUCAUCUCAUAAACAUAGAUAAAAAUCUGUCUGAUGGGGCUGAUGGAUCCCUGUAUGAAAAAAAAAAAAAGUUUUAUCUGUCUCUCUGUUUGUUGUGUCGUUUUGUUAGUUUCCUUCAUGUACAUAUCAGGACCUUUCGAACUAGGCUUCUACAACAUGGCCUACUUUGCGAUACGGCCCAAUGUACCAAUAGCGUUCAAAGCUGAGCGCAUCUUGCUAAUAAGGACAACAGUGUUUUGCUAUGCUGUCAUAGCCGUGUCAGACUUUCUGGAAUGGUGUGGUACACUCUAAUACGUCUCAGUCUCGUACUGAUUUAAAGCAUUUCCACGCUGUUAGCUUGAGGACAGACAAGCCUUUCUUCAGUUUAUAGGAAUAGCUCAUUGAAAAAUUACAUACUGCCGUUAUGUACUCAACUUUAUCUCGUUUCUACACUUUUCUUUUAUCUUGAACGGCGUCCGUGCUGCUCUUUUCCAUACAGUGGAAGCUAAUGGAGGUAAACUGGAAAAAUAGCAGCAUGGGUUUCUUUCAGAUAUCUCCAAACGUUUGAAUAAUGAUCGCAGAAUUUGGAUUACUUGCACAGUGGCGCACAAUUAGUGAACACUAACACUCCAGCACCACAGCAUCCAUCUUUGGGAACAGGGUUUAACUUAGGGUGAACUAUCCUCAAGUCUAGCUGUGUUUUUGUCCCUUUCUAAGUGUAUUUUUGACGCGUGGACACGUUUCCUUUGGUCUAUCUGAGGAUCUACUUCUCCUCGAGUAUGGCUGCCAAAAAAACAACUGAGAGCUCAACUCUUGUGAACUCUGUGCCUCGUUUCCUUCGUCAUGUUUGAUACGGCGUCCUGUUCAUUUCCUGUCAUCAUGUGCGUGUUUUGUGCCACAAGCUCGUCGUUUUUGUUGUUUUGGUGUACGUGAAUUUUGGAAGGUUUCUUUGGAUAUUUUUUAAGUCUUGAACAAUCGAGGCGAACUAGAAGAGGAGGUACGUGAUAGUUAAAGGUUUUAGUUAUUUUAUUUGUAUUGGCGUUACAAUUGUGGCUGGAAAGAAACCUCGUUUGUGGAGACACUUUCUUCAGACUGCAAUGCGAUGAUAAAAUGAAUUGUAAGCUUAUUGAUUUGAUACACCUUUUUUUUCCCCCUCCACUGUUGGACAAUGACAAAGUUUUCAAAUUAAAAAUUUAAAGAACAA